GCUGUCCAGAUCUUUCCCGUCGCUCUCCUAACAGCGGCUCUUUGCUUGUUGGGGUGCACAUCCUGAAUCGGGCUUCCGACAUGCGUCCUGAAUCUUCUCGAGGGAUGCACUAUGCAGAAUGGUUGGUGUGUUCUGCGCGUACUAAUGCAUUCUCGUACACAGUUCGACCUGUUCGGUUGUCAGUUCUUGACCAUCAGCGAGCAUAACUACUCUGCCUUACGACUACUACGACUUUCCUCGGACCGCCUGCUUCACAGGACCGAACCCGGUUUUGUUCAGGUUCUUUCGGCUGUCACAUGUUCAGUAUUUAUACCAGACCACUUCUUUUGGGCGUUGGCUACAGGCAGCACUAUAUCCACGGACUUUGUCACAAAUUUAAUCAGUACAUUUCAAGCAUAUUUCAGACUGAAACGACCAAGCAUAAGUUUUGAGGACGGUUACGGUCCAAAGGCACGGCUGACGGGUCACAACCUCUUUACUGUAACCUCCCGUAUAGUACACCUUCACUUAGCACGUCGUCAUUCGUCGGUCUCGCAGACCGAACGCAAUAAUCGUUUGCAGCAGGAUGGCGCAGGAAUGUAACAGCAGCCCACCUGUCAGCAGAACCCCUCAUGAUCAUCGCAAUCUGACUCUUGUAGGAGCUGAGCGAGGAUUUUGUGUGCAAACGUAUGCUCACUGACAAUCAUGCCAGACAAAAGCAAAAAAA